UUAUAGAGAAAUUUAUUCUGGUGUUGAUAGCAUCACAGAUCUUUACUUUUAAAGCUGUCUUAAGUGUUUGUCAAGUCAAUUUGUCAACAUUAUCGACAAGUUCAGCAAAAGAACCGCUGUUUUUAACAGGAACGUCAAAUGAUAAUUUAAAUUUUAAGAUUCCUAGAAACGGUCUGUUACAAUUUGACAAUGAUGAGUUUCUUCACGUAUAUUGUCCGAAUACAGCUUUAUUCAGCACAAGAUGCAAAGAUGGUAUGUUCAAUCCUAUUCACAAUCUGAAUUGUCCAAAUUCACAGUCUCCUGAUGCACGAUCAAUAGGACCAAAUGCUGAUUGUGGACCCAAAGAUGGAAAUACUUUUCUGGGGAGACAAUAUCAAAUCGGAUAUCAAGUUCCGAAUUUAAGAUUCCUUAAUUUAACCACGAUAUGUCGAAAUGACAACACCGAUUCAACGUAUUACGUUAAACAUAAUUUGUAUGCUGGAAACAUUGAUAAAAGUAUGGAUCCCAAGAGGUUUACACAAUGAAAUAUGUUUGGAUUGAAUGCUGUAUUAACUCAACCAUUUAUUAAUGAUGAAUACACAAAGAAAAGUGAGAAUGAUUAUUUUUGGCGAAUUGGUCUUGUUACAAAUGAUUAUUUGUCAAAAGGGCACAUAAACCCAAGUGCUGAUCAUCCUUUUCAAUCGUGGACAAAGGCAACUUAUUUCUAUCUCAAUCACGUGCCACAAUGGCAACAAUUAAAUCAAGGAGUUUGGUUUAAAAUUGAAAACUUUGUGAGAAAUGAAUCAAAAACUAAAGAUUUGGUUAUUUUCACAGGUGGACAUGAAAUUUACUCGUUUAGAGGACAAAACCUUUAUAUUGUCGAUAAAAAUCGAAGAGUAGAGGUGCCAAAAUUUAUUUGGAAACUGGUCAUUACACCACGCACAAGUAUAGCAUUUGUUAUUAUGAAUACUAAAAGUGAUAGUCAACGUGAUCCUCGUAUGUGCUCUGAUAGAGAUUUAGAGUGCUUAUCAUUCAAAGGAUUCGAUGAUUAUAUAAAUAAGGAAGAUGCUGGAUUUCUGUCAUGUUGUAAUGAGGAAAGUUUAUAUAAAAUGAUUGGUUAUCGACUAAUGUAGACAACCAAAUAAUCCUGGAAAUUUA